AUGGAAAAAAGUAAGUCGUCUGUGAUCGUCCGAAAAAAACUGACAACGAGAGACGAGGAGGUGGAGGAGGACGAGGAGGAGGAGGAGGAGGAGACGAUUAGGUGAGGCUCCGGAAGGUAACUUUUUUUUUUUUCAUUGUGAUUGUAAUAAAAAAAAUUCACAGAAAACAACAAAAAAAUUUUUUUAUUAAAAUCCAAAAAAAUUAAAAUAUUCGAAAUUUUUUUAUUUUCAAAAAACAAAAAAAAACUAAUUUAGAUUUAAAUAAAAAACUUUAAUAUUUUAGAUUUUUUAAUUUAAUCUUAGAAAACAAAAAAGUGUCAAAGAGUCAAAUUUUAAAAAAAUUAUAUUUCAGAUUUUUUUUUUUUAUUUCCAGAUAAAAAAAAAAUUUAGAUUUAAAUUAAAAAUUAAAUAUUUUAGAUUUUUUUUUUUUUUAUUUCCAGAUAAAAAAAAAAUUAAUUUAGAUUUAAAUUAAAAAUUAAAUAUUUUAGAUUUUUUUUUUUUAUUUCCAGAUAAAAAAUUUUUUAAAUUUAGAUUUAAAUUAAAAAUUAAAUAUUUUAGAUUUUUUUUAUUCUCAGGAAACAAAAAAAACUUGAAUCUCAGUCCUGGAAAACCUCCGAUCAGCUCAGAGGAUCACUGAGUCUGGAUCAGAACACAAAACCAGGAUUAAGAGGAGGACUGCUGACCCGACAAAAGUCCAAAAGACCAUCAGUGACCCCCCUCCACGAGGAGUCCACAUGGACCAGACUUAGACUGAGUCUGGAGUCUCACCUGGACUAA